AUGAAACCGGAGUGCAGAAGAAGAUCAUUCAGCGAACAGUGACUGGUGUUGGCUUCAGUCCCUGCAUUCAGACAGUAAUGUCUGGCUAUGUGUGUUCAAGAGUUUUCUUUAACACUGGUAUAAGACAUCUGUCCAGUUACUUUGCUACCAGCCAUGUUUCACCUGCCACACUGUCUAAAACCUGCCUGUUUCCCUCUCAUGCACGGGGCAUCUCCUCACGUAGUGGUAGAUCAGGACAGGAAGGAGAAAAUGCACUGGACUUCCACCUCAACCGGCUACAGAUCGAUGCGGUCCUGUGUGCUAACGAACAAUCUGUGCGCAUUCCAGAGUUUGAUGGACGGGGUGGUCCCAGCCCUGUGCUGAGGUUUGAUAGUAACCAGCUUGCAGCCAAUACUCCACUAGAAGACCGACGCAGUAGUGCCGGUUGCCUCCAAGCUCGUGGCAUGAUCUUUGGUGUGUUUGAUGGACAUGGCGGUCACGCGUGUGCUCAAGCAGUCAGUGAACGUCUACUGUAUUACAUUGCUGUGGCGAUGAUGUCAGAAUCUGUCCUGGAGGAUCUGGAGGCCGCCAUGGAGACGGCACGACCUGUGCCGCCUAUUCUGCAGUGGUACAAGCAUCGCAAUGACUACAACUACAGGGAGUCAGCCGCUCUCUAUGUCAAUCAUUUGCGUGUUUACUGGCAGGAGCUUCUGGCAAGUGAAGAACAAGGUGGUGGCAUGAGCCCCGUAGAUGCUUUCAGCUACGCAUUCCAGCGGCUAGACACGGAUCUUUCCCUUGAAGCGCAGGUACCCCUGGCAAAUGACCUGAUGCGCAGCACAGCCAUUCAGGCUGCUUUUGCCGGUUGCACUGCGUGUGUAGCGCACGUAGGACCAGAAGGUGUGCACGUUGCAAAUGCGGGAGACUGUCGAGCAGUGUUGGGAGUCCACGAGGAUGAUGGGAGCUGGAACGCUCUACCACUCACGCAGGACCACAACACUACCAAUCAAGCAGAAUUGGAGCGGGUAUGGAGCCAGCAUCCAGUCAGCGAACGGCAAACCUUGAUCGUAGACGACAGGCUGCUCGGGGUCCUGAUGCCACUACGUGCAUUUGGAGAUGUGCGCUUUAAGUGGAGUCGAGAGCUGCAGCAAAGUGUGCUGGAGAACGGAGACUCUGAUUUAGAAGCACUGAAUCUUUAUCAAUAUGCACCACCCAAUUACCUCACUCCACCUUACUUAGAUGCCACACCAGAGGUAACUUAUCAUCGCCUGAGACCGCAGGACCGGUUUCUGAUCGUGGCCUCUGAUGGUCUUUGGGACGAAAUGAGCAACGAGGAGGCUGUAAGACUUGUGGCGGAACACCUGACAGGUGUUCACCUGCAGGCGCCGGUCUCAGCCAGCCAGCUUAACUUGGGACAAAUGCAUCAGCUGUUGCUGCGGCGACGGGCCAGGGCAACCCCCUCGCUGGAUCGUAAUGCAGCCACACACUUGAUUCGGCAUGCGCUGAGCACAAAUGAGUAUGGAGAGAUGGACCAGGAGAGGUUGGCAACCAUGCUGGCACUGCCUAGUGACCUAGCACGCAUGUAUCGUGACGACAUCACGGUCACAGUGAUUUACUUUAACUCAAACUUCAGCAAAACUUCUCAUAAUAAAUAAUAAAAGGCAACAUUUCUUAGUUGUUGGGGGUGCACAAAAUGUAUAUUUCAAUAAUGCUGUGAUUUAUUUUUUGCCUAUGUAUAUUGUAAUAAGUUUAAACCACUGUUAGCGGUAUAAAAUUUUAAUAUGUGUUUUGGUAAGAAUUAAAGCAAACAAUGGUUAGAUUCACAGUCAGAAUAUGAAGGUUAAUAUGAAUCUGUCUGUGUAAACGUGCUGCCUGUUUACCAGGCCAGUUUUCUUUCAGGUUCUUGUUUGUUUUUUGUCUGCUUGUACUUCACACUUUUUUAUGUCUGAUGACCGUGUAGACUGAUAGAAUUGUUUAUAUUAUUUGAUGGCUUUAAAGUAGUGGUUAAUUGUUAGCAGACGUCUUCAUAUUUCACUGUUCUUAUAUUUUCAAUCUAGGAUCAAUUUGAAGAUGUUAUCAUUUGAGUAUGUUUUAUACAAAACUCAUUAACAUCAUCAAUUAUUUCAUUACAUUUGUCUUAUUUUCCAUUACACAUUAUUUUGACUAUGCAUUAAUUCUGUCUUAAGUUUAUGUAUAUCACACAUGACUAUUUCGUUUUAAGUUAUUAAUUUUAGCAUUUUAAGUUGAUUUGAAUAAAGAUUUUUAGCUUUUGAGGCAUUUUGUAGCGAAUGCAGAUUGUUUCAAAGUACCACAGUGAAUAACAUAAAAUGCUUAUAAAUGAUUAAACCAAAUCGUUGCAGAGCUAGAUAUAAAGGUCAUAAAGCCAAUUUUAUUAAAGGUUUUAGCACUAGUUACACUUUUAGUGCAAUUUCUUUCUAUAUUACAAUCCUUAUGUAGGUUCAUCAAACUAUUUGCUUUGUAAGAAUCUGUUAUUUCAUAAUAUUUGUAUAAGACAUCAGAGUGUGUCUCUUCAUUUGGUAUUUCUCUAUCUUGUUUUCUGUUCAAAACUACUCUGGUAUUUAAAAUAUUUUAUCCAAAUGAUCU